GUCCUCGCUCCCAGGAGACCCGCGCGGCUGUGGUGCCGAGGCUCGGCUCGCCGGGGCUGGGCGUCUAGGCUUCCCCGCCUGUGAGAACGGGUCCGCGAGGUCGCUCAUACCUCAACCACUGGUAAACUGUGAAUGGUUCCUUUUACUUGAGGACCAUGCAGAAAGCUUCACGUCUGAAGAAGGAGCUGUACAUGUUGGCCACAGACCCACCUCCAGGCAUCACGUGCUGGCAGGAAAAGGACCAAGUAGAUGAUCUGAGAGCUCAAAUACUAGGUGGAGCCAACACACCUUAUGAGAAAGGUAUCUUCAAACUGGAAGUUAUGCUUCCUGAAAGGUACCCAUUUGAACCUCCACAGAUCCGAUUUCUGACUCCAAUCUAUCAUCCAAACAUUGAUUCUAAUGGAAGAAUCUGUCUAGAUAUUCUCAAAUUGCCACCAAAAGGUGCAUGGAGACCAUCCCUCAACAUUGCUACAGCAUUGACCUCUAUUCAACUUCUCAUGUCAGAACCCAACCCUGAUGACCCACUGAUGGCUGAGAUUUCUUCAGAAUUUAAAUAUAAUAAGCAAGUCUUCCUCCAGAAAGCGAGGCAGUGGACAGAGAUGCAUGCAAGACAGAAACAAAGGGCUGAAGAAGAACUGUCUGACACUUCACUAGAAGCCAAUGACUCUGAAGUAUACAACUCAACACAGAAAAGGAAAGGCAAACAGCUAGGAGGCAUAGAAAAGAAAUUUCAUCCUGAUAUUCAGGGAGUUUGUCCUGGUCCCUCUUAGUUAAUGGAUUCUUUGACAAGGUGGUCUCAUUUGCUUGCCUUUCUUGAAUGUUUUUCUUUGUAUUUGAUGACUUAGUUUUUAUAUUGUAUAAAAGAGCUUGUAUAUUUAUGUGUUCUGUAAUACAAUGAUUUCCUAAGUAUAGCUUGUUUUAUUUAUCUUGCACAUAUGUAUAUUGAAAACUUUUAAACCUAAAAAAUAAAUAAUAGUUUAAUGUUA